AUGAUCGCGAAACCUGGCACCGCGGAUGCGGACUACGAAGUCCUCGACCAAUACCAGUCGCAACCACGACGGCUCAAAAUCAUCCACGUCGGCGCUGGAGCGUCAGGACUUUUGCUAGCGUACAAGGCUCGGCGGCAACUACGCAACUACGAACUCGUCUGCUAUGAAAAGAAUCCAACAUACGGCGGAACAUGGUACGAGAACAAAUACCCGGGCUGCGCGUGCGACAUCCCCGCCCACGUCUACACGUACACAUUCCAGCCUAACACGGAGUGGUCGGGCUUCUACUCCGGCGCGGACGAGAUCGAGCAAUACUUCCGGCGAUUUCACGACCAGCAUAAUUUGGCGCCAUACAUCCGGCUGAACUCGGAGGUUGUGAGCGCGACGUGGCUCGAAGAUGACGGUGAAUUACAAGUCAAGGUCAAGAAUGAGGAGAACGAAAACCAAACAACCACAAUCACAGACCGGUGCAACGUCCUGAUCAACGGCUCCGGCGUCGUGAAUAAGUGGAAAUGGCCUGCGAUUGAAGGCAUCUCCUCAUACGAGGGCACCCUAGCGCACAGCGCUCACUGGGACACCUCGAUCGAUUGGCAGGGCAAGAAAGUGGCCGUGCUAGGCACGGGAUCGAGCUCCAUCCAAAUGGUGCCUCAUCUAGCCAGAGGUUCCCAAUCCGUCACCGUCUUCGCGCGCAACAUGACGUACAUUGCGCCCCAGAUCGCGACAGACGCCCAGCAAGUCGACCCGAACGGCCAACCCCCCGCCGCGGCCGGCAAGCACUACUACAUCGACGCCGAGAAGGAGCGGUUCCGCAACGACCGGGCCUUCCACCUCCAAUACCGCAAGGGGCUGGAGUCGGCGCUCACGGCGGCGUUCCCCAUGUUCCUGCGGGGCACCAAGCAGAACGUCCAGGCCAAAGAGAUGAUGCAGGCGAGCAUGCGCGCCAAGCUCGGGGCCGGGCACGACGAGUUGAAGAAGCGUUUCAUCCCGGAGUGGUCGCCGGGGUGUCGCAGGCUGACGCCCGGCGAGGGGUACCUCGAGACGUUGACGCUGGAGCACGUGAGCGUGGUGCACGACGAGAUUGUGCGAUUCACCGAGACGGGCCUGGUGACCGCGUCCGGGCAGGAGUUCGAGUUUGACAUAAUCGCGUGUGCGACGGGGUUCAACAUCGCGUACACGCCGCACUUCCGGAUCACGGGCGUCGACGGCGCCGUCAUGCAGGACGAAUGGAAGGACACGCCCAACAUCUACCUCAGCAUCGCGGCGCCCAAGUUCCCCAACUACUUUGUGGUGAAUGGGCCGACUGGGAAUUGGGGCCAGGGGUGUGCGCUCCCUUCGCACGAGGUCCAACUCGAGUACGCUCUCCAGUGCUGUCGGAAGAUGCAAGAAGACGGCAUCCGCGCCAUGGAACCUCGCCAAGGCCCGACCACGCAGAUCAACGAGCAUCUCGACGCCUGGCACCAAAAGUACAGCGUGUGGGCCGAGGAGUGUCGGUCGUGGUACAAGGACAACAAACCGCACGGCCGGGUGUACAUCUGGCCGGGCAGCCUGCUGCAUCACAUGAAGGCGCUGAAGACGCCGCGCUACGAACACUACGACCUGCGGUACCAUCACGACAACGUCUGGGCCUUUCUGGGCAACGGCCGGACCGAUCUGGAGGUGGAGUUUGAGCAGGGCAAGCAGGUCGACUUGGCGCCGUAUAUUCGCAACGAGGACGUGCCUUGGAGUUUGGACCUGCCGGAGAACCUGCCGCUGCGGGCUUGA